AAUGUUGAUAUAACAAGAAAUCCUUCCCAGAUGAGCAAAGAACGUCGUAGGAAGAGUUGGCAUUGGUUUUUGUUAUUGGGGAUCGAAAAAAGAGCCCUAUUUCCAACUCUUCCUGACACAUCUGUUGUAAAAAAAGUAGUUUUUGGUGGUGAUUGUCUUACCAAUGAACGUGCUUACUCAGCACAAACAGCCAUGUUGAACCAUUCAACUGAUAGCGAAAGAUUAGCUGGAGUCAUUCACAGACCAGAGGGUUUACAUCGAAUGAAGAUGAAUCUCUGUUUGGUAUUCCUAGAAUUACUGUUAAAGUUCUAUCUUUGGUUCAGUUUAUAG